AUGGUACUGUCGGGUUGUGACUUUAAUGAUGACUUUUGUAACUGGAUGCAAUUUGAUGGUGAUAACUUCGACUGGAAAAGACAAAAAACGCCAAACAUUGAAACCAACGCUGAUCACACAUCUGGAGACGAUCACUAUAUCUACAUAGCCACAAUCGGUAAAUCUAGAAAGGAAACAGCUAUAUUAUUAAGUCCCAAGCAGGACGCUGGGAAAUAUUGUCUCUCAUUCUGGUAUGGCAUGCAUGGCUCCAACAUUGUAAGACUUCGCCUGCAAAUAUGGAAUACGACCGGCUCAAAGCGAACAAUUUUUACACUUGAAUCAGCCCAGGGCCAACGUUGGUUUCAAAAAAUGAUUUUUUUAUAUUCAGCAGAUGUUUUUCAGAUAGCUGUCGAGGGGAGAGUAAACAAAUGGUUGUAUUCAGGAGGCAUAGUGAUUGAUGACGUAACAUUGUUUUCCUGUCAAGAUUGUAUGGAUCUCGAAAUAGCCAAUGCCGUCACUAAUUCAUCAAAUCAUUGGUACGGAUCAGUGGUAAAGAUACAAUGUAAUAAUGGAUACAAUCUUGUUGGAGAUUCAGAGAUCGUUUGUAAGACGAAGGGAAAUUGGAGUGGAACUGCAACGUGUAUUCCACAUGAUUGUGGGGAUCUAACAAUUCCUAAUGGAACUCUGUUUACUCCAAAUGGAACAAGGUUUGGACAUGGCGGCAUACAAAAGUGCAACACUGGGUUUGUUUUGAUCGGAGAUCCAAACAUCAAAUGCACUGCUAACGGUUGGUCAAACAGAACGGCAUACUGCAAUUUUAUGGAUUGCGGAAACUUUUCAAUUCCAAACGGGAAACUCUUAACUCCAAAUGGAACAACGUUCGGACAAGUAGGCAGAAAAAAAUGUAACACUGGGUUUAUUUUGAAUGGGGAACCAAAUGUAAGAUGUACUCUCGAUGGAUGGUCAAACAACUCUGCAAACUGUAGACUUGUUGAAGUUGACACAAACAGCAGCAGUCCUCUACUCGUCGUGUAUGUUUUGGUUCCUGUCGUUUUCAUCAUGAUUGCAGCUACCUUUACUGUCGUGUACAUGAGGAGAAGACAUCUGAGUUGCAUGAAAGUAUUGAAAGCUUUCAGAAGAGCUCGAGAAGUACCGUCUGGAGAUUCUCUGCAAGGAGAGAGUCAUUCAAACCAAAUGUAUAGUAACGAAAGCCUUCAACUUGAUGACGAAUAUGCAACAAUAUCCGGAGAACAAACUGACGAUAACAAUUUAGGUACCGUUUAUUACGCAACCGUUGAUAGAUCCGGAAAAAAGAAACCCGGUGUCUCAAAGGAAGAUAAUCAAACAAAAUCCACUGAUUACAAUAAAUCAGCUUGUAGCAUUGAUUUAAAUGAAUGCAAUACAUAUAAUGUACUAAGCGCUAAAGCUCUAAAUAAGAAUUUAAAAGGUGGCGACGAGCAUGACUUGGACUACGACAGUACAUGUACCAGACGAAUGAAGACCGAAGCAACUAACCAUGAUGACUAUUCCCAUAUGGGUGAUCUUGAAAUGAAAUACCAGCACACUCAACAUUUUCUCCCCCAAUCGGACAUAGAGAAAAAUACAGAGUACUCGCAUAUCAAUAGAGUCGGUACAAGCACGAAUUUCCCAGAACGUUUGGAAACAGAAUACCACGACUAUGAUGAGUACCAAAAUUCAGUCAUAAAAGAGAAGAAGGUACUCGAAAAGCAUACACCAAAGAUAAAGCAACUUGAAGAUCAAGCACCAGAUUAUUACAAUGUCGCACAAACCAAAGAAAUGUACGAAAAUAAUGAACCUGAAAAUCAAAGUAAUGAACCUGAAAAUCAAAGUAAUGAAUCUGAAAAUCAUGAUUACUUUAUUCUAGAAAAGACAUAAAUACAGUUUUUGUUUAUGUUUUGUUUAUGUGUGUUUUCUUUUCUUUUUUUUAUUUUCUAAUAACAAAAAAUUAUUUUGACUUUUGUUAUUUUUGUAUGCAUCUUAAAAAUUUUAUAAUCCUGAAAAUAUUUUUGACUCACUUACAGCUGUUUAUUUUAACAGAUUUAUGACAUUUUAUAAAUAACUUGGUCGACAAACAACACCAUUACAACCUCUUCAAAUAUUAUUAUUCCUAUCUAAUUAAGAUGGCCGCCAAAACAUUUAACACUUAAAAGAAUGUGAUUGAAACUAAAGAAACAUGUUCACAUACCAAACAUGAUCAAUAUCUGAAAUGUCGAAUUUCGGUCGGGAAGUUGCCCUUCCUGAAAGAGUCUUUUCUCCUGAACAGCGUGUUACCAAAGUAAGAAUUAAACUUC